AGCCCUGCGCGAUCCGGCUGGCGGGGGGGGGGGGGGGGGCGGGGAAGCUGCCCGAGUGCGACCGCCGCGGCAGCCACCCUGCAGCCGCCGGCCAGAGGCGCAGUCCCUAGGCCCUAGAGUUCGGGGAGGCCCCUGCGGAGUCGGCGCUGCUCGCGGGGAGCUGCGAGGCCCGCCCCUGCCCGGCGCGGAGGGCGCGGAGGAUAUCCCUGGUGAUCUUGGAAGAGUCUGUAUCAUGGAAUCGAUCUCUAUGAUGGGAAGCCCCAAGAGCCUUAGCGAAACUUUUUUGCCUAAUGGCAUAAAUGGUAUCAAAGAUGCAAGGAAGGUCACUGUAGGUGUAAUUGGAAGUGGGGAUUUUGCUAAAUCCCUGACCAUUCGACUUAUUAGAUGUGGCUAUCAUGUAGUCAUAGGAAGCAGAAAUCCUAAGUUUGCUUCUGAAUUUUUCCCUCAUGUAGUAGAUGUCACUCACCAUGAAGAUGCUCUAAUAAAAACAAAUAUAAUAUUCGUCGCUAUACAUAGAGAACAUUACACCUCCCUGUGGGACCUGAGACAUCUGCUUGUGGGUAAAAUCCUGAUCGAUGUGAGCAAUAACAUGAGGAUAAACCAAUACCCAGAAUCUAAUGCAGAAUAUUUGGCUUCAUUAUUCCCGGACUCCUUGAUUGUGAAAGGAUUUAAUGUUGUCUCAGCUUGGGCACUUCAGUUAGGACCUAAGGAUGCCAGCCGGCAGGUUUAUAUAUGCAGCAACAAUAUUCAAGCUCGACAACAGGUUAUUGAACUUGCCCGUCAGUUGAAUUUCACUCCCGUUGACUUGGGAUCAUUAUCAUCAGCCAGGGAGAUUGAAAAUUUACCCCUGCGACUGUUUACUCUCUGGAGAGGGCCAGUGGUGGUAGCCAUAAGCCUGGCCACGUUUUUCUUUCUUUAUUCUUUUGUCAGAGAUGUGAUUCAUCCAUACGCUAGAAACCAGCAGAGUGACUUUUAUAAGAUUCCUAUUGAGAUUGUGAAUAAAACCUUGCCCAUAGUUGCCAUUACUUUGCUGUCCCUGGUCUACCUGGCAGGCCUCCUGGCAGCUGCUUAUCAGCUUUAUUAUGGCACCAAGUAUAGGAGAUUUCCACCUUGGUUGGAGACCUGGCUACAGUGUAGAAAACAGCUUGGAUUAGUAAGCUUUUUCUUCGCUUCGGUCCAUGUUGCCUACAGCCUCUGCCUACCCAUGAGAAGGUCAGAAAGAUAUUUGUUUCUCAACAUGGCUUAUCAGCAGGUUCAUGCAAAUAUUGAAAACUCUUGGAACGAGGAAGAAGUUUGGAGAAUUGAAAUGUACAUCUCCUUUGGCAUAAUGAGCCUUGGCUUACUUUCCCUCCUGGCAGUCACCUCCAUCCCUUCAGUGAGCAAUGCUUUAAACUGGAGAGAAUUCAGUUUCAUUCAGUCUACACUUGGAUAUGUCGCUUUGCUCAUAAGUACUUUCCACGUUUUAAUUUAUGGAUGGAAACGAGCUUUUGAAGAAGAGUACUACAGAUUUUAUACACCACCAAACUUUGUUCUUGCUCUUGUUUUGCCCUCAAUUGUAAUUCUGGGUAAGAUCAUUUUACUCCUUCCAUGUAUAAGCCGAAAGCUAAAGAGAAUUAAAAAAGGCUGGGAAAAGAGCCAGUUUCUAGAAGAAGGUAUUGGAGGAGCAGUUCCUCAUCUCUCACCAGAGAGGGUUACAGUAAUGUGAUGAUAAAUGGUGCUCCCGGAUGCCAUACAGAGUUCUCCUCAUGCCAUUAUUUUUAUGACUUCCUUAAUCUUCAGUUGCAAGUGCACUGUCACACUGCUGUGGGCUGAAACCUGUUCAGUGAGAUCUCAACUGAAUUACUGGUAGAAUUUUCUUCAAAUUUAUUUUCACUAAUGUCACAUUUUGCCAAUAUGAAUUUUUAUGGUCGACUUAUUGUUGAAAUGUAGGUAUGUUUUGUUUUGUACAAUUGUAAUGGUAUUGUUAUUUUAACAAAAUUUAUUCCAUAAUCAAGCAGAAAUAUUUGUAGUUAAUAUAAAUACAACAUAA